GUGAAGUCAUCUUAGUUUUAGCUCAGUACAGAAGUUUUUUUUAUAUUUUAUUUUUAGUAUAAUUACAGCUCCCUGUCUGAAGUAGGGGUAAACGUUUCGUGAGUAAUGAAGAAAACGGUGCUCCAACGACAGAAGAUGUGAAUGGGGAAUUUCAAUAUUCGCUCAAUUUGGAUUACGAUUGUAUUGCAACAUGUACUUCAAGGAUCAAGAGCAGGUGAGGAAAAUUAUUUAUAAACAACUCACCUGCAAACCAUUUAAGAAAUACGUUUUCAUGUAGCCUACAGUAUUUUGAAGGAGUAUAAAAUCAAUUUGUGAUCAGUUGGACUGAAUAAUGUAAUUUUAAAAGGCUACUCACUCAUGAAUUAUGGCAAUGAAACUGCUUUUUAGAUACUUUUCUGAGGUGACAGUCAUAGCAAAUCUUAGGUUCAAAUCUAUUUCUGUCUAGCAAUAACUGCUGUAUCAGAAAUCAAUAUGUUUGUGUGUGAGUAUGCUGAGUUGUGUUAUGUUACUGUACCAAAAGUGGUCUACAGUGCCUUAUCUAUGGACUAGAUGUGGGUCAAACGUUACACACGCCCUCAUAUUACAGGUGUUUUAUUUGGGCUGACAGCACAGGACUGUGGCUCAUUGUAGCUGAGGUUCCCUGAAACUAUUUUCUCCCUCAGAGUAGUAUGACCAUGUAUAGGCUAGAUUCAUUGCAGCGGCUAAAAUAAAUAAAUAAUCAAAAAUCCCAGACCAAUUUAAAAUAUCUCAGACUUAAAGGUCACUUAUCUGGCCUUUGGGUUCUAAAGCAUAACUUCACUCAAAGUCGGCUGAUCAGUCUCCCACCAUGAUCCUCAUCUAAAGCAUGCAGAUCUUUGUGGUCCUCUGUAGUUCAAUUGGUAGAGCAUGGCGCUUGUAACGCCAGGGUAGUGGGUUCGAUCCCCGGGACCACCCAUACGUAAAAAUGUAUGCGCACAUGACUAGGUCGCUUUGGAUAAAAGCGUCUGCUAAAUGGCAUAUUAUUAUUAUUUGAGAAAUUGUCAGGUAUCAGCUUUUUACCCUGGACCAUGUUGCUAUGAAGAGUGUCUAUGAUUUAUGUGAUGCUGAGGCCUGAUAUAUGACAGCUCUCCUCUGGCAACCCAUGCCAUAUCCACUACACAGUACCCUACAUCAGAGCCAGCCUCCUUUCAACGUUUGCCUGGUCUUCUUGGCUGUGCUACUGGUGAAACAGGUUACCUCAUUAAAGCUUAUGCAAGUGCACUAAAGAGGGUUGUAGUGGCACACCUCCAAAAUAUGAUUAGUCAAGAUUGGAUCAUCUCUCGAGACAUAGCAGAGCAUAGAACUCAGUGUGGCCUUAGAAUACAACAUUUAUAUUUUGUUCAGAGGUGUAAAUAAUCCCAUCGUUUUAUACAGAAAAAGCCUACAAGCCCUCCCACCCAUUCAGUGUGAGGAGCAGUCUAUGGAACAUUUUCACUGACGGCGUGUUGGGGCCUGUAAUCUGGAAAAGACUGUCGGAGUCUGGAAGAAUGAAAGCGAAAGACUGACAGGUCUUAGAGAGAAACAUGCAUAACAACAGAUAUGGCAAGAGGGAUGGCCCAGUUGCCUUUAUUUGUUUUACCCCUCUGCUAUAAGAGGUGUGUUAUUGACAUCUCAUGGACCAACUGUAAAAAGGAAUUAGGUUAGUAUCCCUUUUUUCGACACAGGCUAGUGAGGCCACAAUGACGAUUUGGCUGUAGUGAAUGACCAUUAUGUGAAAUGAGUUAGCUGAGAGGUUCCUUGUGCUCCAUGCUGACUGGCACAUGCCUGGCAGACCACUGCAGUGAGGUGGGGAGGAGGACCAGACCCUGUAUCACUAGAUAGAGAUGUCACAUUGUUCCUCUUCAUUACCCUGUGUUUUAGGAUGGUAUUGAGCUGCAGGAGAGAAACAGGGAUGGCUUUGACAAUACCAUGGAGGCAUUACUCCCAACUCUGGUAAGACACAACACAACACACACCAUCUAUUUAUAUCACUGCAUUCGUAACUUAGAGACCAUACAUAGUCAUACAGGUGAUAAUUAAUCAACCUGUUUGUAUGACACAGUACCUAGAAUACAGAAAGCCUUGUGUAUGUUUCCCACAGCACCAGCAGAGGACAUAUGAUUAUGUUUUAGUUGCUGACAAAGUUGAGGAGCAGGAAAACCCAACAUUUCUGAAGCAGAUCGCUUUUAUUGACCGCCUGAGGAAGAAAAACAUGAAAGUGACAGUGAGUUUGUUGCUUGAUUGAAUCACGCUUAAAUUCCAUAUGGAGCAAUGUCGAGGAAAUGUUACUUUACUGGGAUGUGUCCAACUGUAGAGAAUGGGUGAAAGUUAAACUGUAACAUCAUGGCCAAUCUUCCCAAAAUGAUCAAAUUUCUCCUGGUUCAAUGCUCAUCAUGAACUUUGCCUGUUUUUGUGUCAGAAAAUCCUUCAUGAUGACAAGGUGUUUUAUGGUGUCCGGGCCCCGAAGGAGACCUUUGACAAGUACAGGUACCUACUAAAAGUGUCUGAUGCUUGCAACUGGAGCGGCGACCGGAAGAGUGUCAGGAUCCCUCACUCAACCAGGUGAGACACAUUGAACUCUCACUCUUGCCAUUCCAUAUGCAAAUAACGUUCACUUCCAACAUGUCCUCUUACCUUGUUCCUGUUUUUCGUUCAGGAUCAGAGUAGUGCAUUACAUCCUACACCACACCCAUAUCAACACAGGAGGUAAGUGAAGCGCUCCCUCCAGAUGUCUAUACAUCCAUUGAUCUCUUUAACAACAUAUUUGUCCCUGACCUCAAUUGUUCGGCACUUCUAACCCUCCUUUUCAUUUCAACACAACAGAGAACCUCAGAGAGCUCCAGGAGAAGGGGGUCUUUGAGGCCACGUUCUGCCUGCAUGAGGUAAAAAAAAACAUCUCCUCAAUUAUUCGUAUACCUGAUUACUUAUUCAAUUUUGAGGGGCAUUGUAGCUGUUUAUGCCUUGUAUGAUCAUAAGUAGCCCAUAUGAAAUUCAUUGAUGUGAAAUACAUCUACUGUAGGAGCCUCUUUCUGUUUUUAUAGAGGAGCAAGCAAAAGAUGUUGAAACAAAAGUGGGCACGAUGGUCUGCUCUCUUUACCGCCCAGCCUGUCGAUGAUGUCAGGUAAGACCUUCUGUAUAUCCUGCUGUGUUUCUGUGCCUUUUGGUUUCACAGUGGCCUUUCUCAAUUGGAUUUGCUCAACUCCUGCAUCCUCUCAACUCCGUCCUCUCUGGCCUCCUUUUGAAAAAGGUCAUAGGUAAUCGAGGAGAGGCGGCGAGAAGGGGGAAAGUGGACGAAAUUGUGCUUGUAUGAAAUUAGACUUCUCCUCCGAUCGCACGUGAACGAAUGUAGCUAGCUAGUUGUGCAAGACAUGUUAUAGAUAAAUGUUUGCAUGCUUUUCUCCUUCAAGAAAACAAUAGCUGAUUCAAAGAGGGUGUGGGAGAUUUCAAAACCCUUCCGCGAAGGACUCGUGUAGGAUUCACUUCUGCUUCCACACCAAAAGGAGGCUUUCAAAGCAAUUAACUCUGUUACCAGGAAGUAUGCCAGCUCGUGGUUUUAUCCACAUAGAACAUUGGGUUUGCCGAUGCAGCCAAAUGUGAUGUGCUUAUCUAAAGCAGGGUUUCCCAAACUCGGUCCUGGGGCCCCCCUGGGUGCACAUUUUGGUUUUUGCCCUAGCACCACACAGCUGAUUUAAAAUAACCAACUCAUCAAGCUUUGUUUGAAUCAGCUAAGAACAGCCCUUAGCUGUGGUAUAUUGGCCAUAUACCACACCCCCGCAUGGCUUAUUGCUUAAAUAUACAGCAUGCAUAUAGGAAUACAACAUGUCAUUUACCUCAGUGGCGUGAAAGGGAAAUUAUCAAGAUGACACUAAACUGUGAAACUAAACUCCAUGUUAAUGAAUAAAUAAAAAACCUGGAAACCUACUAAGGGGUGUUAACUGAAUAGGAAUGUCCUUUUUCUGGUUUGAAUUUGAGCAUGCAAACUGAAAUGUAUCUGUAUCUGUCAGGAGUUACUUUGGAGAGAAGGUGGCUCUGUAUUACCUGUGGUUGGGCUGGUACACCAUCCUGCUGGUCCCUGCAGCCCUUCUGGGUGUGAUUGUGUUCCUGUAUGCACUGGCUUUCUUCAACACCAGCCCCCUCAUGUGAGAUGACAGACCCACUGAGCCAAACUCUUUAUUAAGCUGAUUGAUGCUGACAUUUUAGUAUGAAGAAAAAAUAGGUUACAUGGAGUUGCUCCUCUUUAAAACUCUCAUGUGUUUCUGAAGGUGCAUUGUGUGUCUUCAUAUUACAGAAAGGAGGUCUGUGAGUCUGACACCGUUAUGUGCCCGAGGUGUGACAAAUGGUGUCAAGUAUGGCAGCUGCGUGACACCUGUACCUACGCCAAGGUAACUCAUGUCAUUCUACCAUACUGCAUUGCAAACUUUACUAUUUAAAAAAUAGUUCAUAAAGUUUAUGUUCAAAAUGUGUCUUGUGUGCAGAUGAGUCAUCUGUUUGACAAUGAGGGGACGGUGGCCUUUGCUAUGUUCAUGGCAGUCUGGGGUAAGUCUCCACAGGAUAAAACUGAUUAAUUCCAUCCAUUACAUUUUUAAUUCAGAUAAAUCUUGACUUUGUCAUGACUUGUGUCCUUUAAAUUUUUCCAGCUACCAUUUUUCUGGAGCUGUGGAAGAGACACAAAGCAACGUUUGUGUCCAAAUGGAAAGUCUUUGACUGGUGUGAGGAAGAGGUACGGCUUCACUUAGGCUUAAGAAACCAUUAUAUGUCUGGAUAUACUGUACACUAUAGGAUGGUUUUAGCAUGAUUUAGGUUGUCUGUUACUCAAUGAUAUUACCCAAUCAUAUACUCUUUCAAAUAACAAAAACAAUGUCCCGUUGAUUACUGUCAUCUUAUGGUAGGGACCCAUUGUGUGAUUAAUAUGACCUCAGAUGCUGUGGUAUAAUCCUGAAUAUUGUUCCAUCUGGCCUGCAGGAGGAGCUCAUCCUGGGAGUAGUGAAUGAUCCAGACUGCCAUCCCAAAGAGUUCCGCCAUUCUUAUCUGCGCAGCACUCUAGUCCUUGUCCUGGUCACUCUCAUGGUCAGUCCCAGUCAGUCACUCAGUGCCAUAUUGCAUAACAUAUGUAGCAGUUUUCAUCCUGGGCCAUACCUGUGCUUAGCUCAGGUUCAGUCAAUGUUGUUCUCUCACUGUGUGUGUGUUCUCUUACCAGUUGGUUCUGAUCAUCGGGCUGACCCAGGCUCUGGUGGUGUUCCGUGUGGUUGCUACUGUGCUGUUGUCAGAGGGAACAUGGGAGUUUGUAAGGGACCAUGCCAACACUGUAGCAGUAAUGCUGGGUGCUGUACUACACUACAUCACCAUGCAAGUUAUGACCAGAGUAAGUUUAGCUUCAACCAGCAACCUUUGUCAUGUAGACCUGCACAGUCCCUAACUCUUCUCCUCUCUUACCCGGAUAGAUCAACAAGGCGGUGGCCUUCAAGCUGUGUGAGAUAGGUGAGUCUGAAGAGGAACAUCUUUAUUUGGAUGAGCAGAACAUAUGUUUGCAUUGAACAUUUUCAUUUACAAUCAAGCAUGUACAUGUUCAUCUCUGUUAUUCUAUCAGAUGGAAUUGUACAUAGCAAAGUGAGUCAGUGAAUUAAGUUAAUGUUGCUGCUCUUGCCUGCAGAGAAGACACAGUCAUUUGCGGCCACUGAGAGGAGCUUCACUGUCAAGAUGUUUACCUUCCAGUUCUUCACCCUCUUCUCCUCACUCAUAUAUGUGGCAUUUUUCCUGGGCAGGUACGGAGUGCAAUGUGUGUGUGCAUGUGUGUAGUGUUAAUAUUUGUCUCAGGCUGACAGUAUAUGGCCUAGAGAUUGCAGACUAGCCUAAAACCAAGGGGAAAACAGUUGGUAAGGUACUGCUCUGUGUCAGCUGUCAUGGGCAGCCUAGCUGUAUGGAGAAUGUGCUUUCUGUAUCCACAAGUGUCCAUGUAUCUGUGAUCCUUCAAAUGUUUGAAUCCUGAACUGUAAAUGUGUAAGUAUUAUACAUGUUUAUGCAUAUGUGCUUACAUUUAAUGAAUCUAACACGCUGUUCUUGUGCAUAGGAUAAACGGUCGCCCAGGUAGCUAUGUUCGUAUUUCUGGUAAAUGGAGAUUGGAGGAGGUGGGUGUCUCAUCGCUAUUUAAAAAAAGUAUUACUUAACAUGGGAUUAUGAUACGGUUGAACGGUUUGGAGUGUCUUUGUAAUGUUACCAUCUCUGCCUUUUCCUGUCCUUGCCAGUGUCAUCCCAGUGGCUGCCUCACUGACCUCUUCAUUCAAAUGGCCAUCAUCAUGUUGCUCAAACAGACACUGAAUAACAUCUUUGAGUUUACUGUGCCGUAAGUACAGUAUAUAGCUAUGCUUAUCUACCUGCUUAACAUAGAUACAUUCUGCGAAAAUGAAUAGGUGGAUUUUUUUUCUCACCUUUAUUUAACCAGGUAAGCCAGUUGAGAACAAGUUCUCAUUUACAACUGCGACCUGGCCAAGAUAAAGCAUAAAUAAUAAGCCCUUUGAUGUGUUGAAUAAGCUUUUGGUAACGCAAAUAAACGUUUGACUGUCACAGUCAGAUGAUAAAACCUCAUGCAAAUAUUAAUUAUAGUUAAUGAAUUGAAUGAAUUAUAAUGAAUUGAAUUAGACAUCCAAAGUGGAGCAUCAUACUUUCUCACUUUAGGAUGUCCUAUGUCAUUGUGCAGCUGGUUAAAGAGUUACUUCAGAAGGACUACAACUGAGAAGCUGGAGAGGAAGUGUGGCCACUGCUACAAAAAGGCAUGUCACGAAGAGGAGAAGAGGGGCCAUGACCCAUGUGAUAUCUGCAAGCUGCGGGAUUGGCUGCGCAACUACGAUCUGAAUGACGUCAACUCUUUCAGUCUCUUCAAUGAGUUUCUGGAAAUGGGUGCGUCACAUGACCAAGUCUCAUUGUCUCUCUAAGUCCCACGUCUUCAUUUAUUUCACCGAAGUGAUUCUCUCUAUCUCUCUCUUACACUGUAAUUCAUGGUCUGUUUUAUGUUAAAUGAUUCUGCCCAGUUGUUUUUAUUGACUUCCCAAUCCCCUGUAUUGAAUGUAGAAUCUCUGUUGCGUUAUUACACUCUUCUCUCCAUGCAGUUGUUCAGUACAGUUUCACCACCAUCUUUGUGGCGGCCUUCCCUCUGGCCCCUCUACUGGCUCUCAUCAACAACAUCUUUGAGAUCCGUCUGGAUGCCAUCAAGAUGGUCAGCUUGGAACGUAGAUUAGUCCCCAAGAAAACCAAUGAUAUUGGUGAGUUAAAACAGUAUAUGUAAAAGCUUGUGCGUCCCUGGUAAACUCCUCACCAUGUUUAUGUUUCUGCUUGUAUGUAUUUGUGCUCAUCCCAUAAUAUGAUUCCUCAGGUAUAUGGACCAAGGUUCUGGAAGCUAUUGGUGUUCUGGCUGUCAUUGCCAAUGGGCUAGUCAUUGGGGUGUCCUCAGACUUCAUCCCUCGGCUGGUCUACCGCUACCACUACGGACCCUGUGCCAACGGGGAAGCUGAUGUACAGUAAGUUCUACUGUAGCACCUUGUGCAGUGACUGGUGCAUGGGUUGAACCUAGAGUAGACCAUUCACAGAGCAUGGUCUGGAGUCUUAAAGCAAUGAAUGCCAUAGUAAUAAUGUUGAUAAUGUCAUCUGAUAGAAAGACUAUAUUCGCUACUGUCUCUCUCUAUUGAAACUGUUCCAAAGGCUUUGUAAGGCAGAUCGAGUUAAACAUUUCCCUAGUUUAGUCUUUAUUGGCGUAAGUAACCAUGCUGCCCUCAUGUGGGCAAAUGGGUUUAUUUGCAUAUGAAACAAAGCACUGUGGGUAACCUCUGGUGGCAGAUGUCAAAGACAUCCUAAAGUUGUAAUAAUACUGACUCGCCAUGUUACCAUGUGACUAUUUGUUUGCCCUUCAAGCUGUUUGUGAAAAAGGCUCUCAGUUUAGUUCUGUUUCCAAAUUCCCAGACAAUUGGAUAUGGAAAUGUAUUUCCAAUAUGAUUUUGCAUAAGCAAGCUGUCUUGUACCUACAAAAGUUGUAUGCUUUUAAAUGAAUGUUUUGUGUUGAUUUGUGGGCCAUAAUUUUUUGGGUUCUCUAAACGGUUAGCUGCAUAAAACUUCAUGAGUUGGAGAAGGGUACUGCAGGUUUGCUUUUAUAUGACCAUAAUCCCUUUUUUCCCUCUUAUAGCUGUAUGAAGGGCUAUAUCAACGACACCCUAUCCACUGCUCAUAUAACAGACCUGAACGUGCGUAAGGACUUUUCCCCCAGUCAACUGAUCACAGAGAGCGGCUUCAAUGUUACACAAUGCAGGUGGGCAUCUGUGAGGCACAACUAGGUCAAUACUACCACUACGGAAGCCACUAUUUACCAAAGCCUGGCUCAACCCUACAGCCCAUCUCUUAAUAUUUUAUAACUGAGUGUUUGUAUAAUCAGAAACCAAAGCAACCAAUUAUCCCCAGGCAUCCAUACAUGUAGCUACAGUCUAUACAGUCACAAAGAGAAAGCAACCCAGUCCAGUGAUACCAAUAGUUGUUGAGAGAAAUUGGUAGUUGGGGGAGACUGUUGAUUGUGAAACUGGUGUGUGUUUCCAGCUAUAAAGACUACAGAAGUGAUGUUGACUACAGCCUCACUUCCCAGUUCUGGUUCAUCAUGGCUGUACGCUUUGCCUUCGUCGUCCUAUUUGAGGUACGUCUUUCUUUGCAUCUGUGAUUUUGGCACAUAAGGAAUCACUGAAUUCCAUGUUAUUGAUUUUAAUUAAGCUCUGCACCCACAAUAAAAUCAGACAUGAUUUAAAGUGCAUUUAAAAUUGUGACACACUUUACAAUAAAACUAAAGAUGUAAAAGCAAACAUAAAGGAUGUCUAAAACAAUAAAAUCACUUAUUAAAGGCCAAGCUAAAAAGGUGGGUUUAGGGUUUUGUCAAAACCUUAUCCUUGCAACUCCAAAUGGCCAUUGAGCAAUGCCAAAUAUCAUGGAUUUGAUUCAACAAGCCUGUCUGUCUCUCACCUCUCUCUGUAGCAUGUAGUGGUCAUCUUUAAAUUCAUUGCUGCCUGGUUCGUGCCUGACUCCCCCAUGUUGGUGAAGAACCACAGACUGAAGGAUAAACUCAGGAGACUCAAAGAGGAACUACAGUGAGUUUAAACAUACUGUAUGAUUAUAGACUACCACAAUAUUCCUUGUAUGAACAUGUAUUAUAAAGUGUUGCCGUACUUCAGCUGCAUGGAACUUAUUAUCACCAUAGUGUGAAUAGCUAUUUCCAUGAUCUGAUUAAAACAAAUGGUUGUGUGUGUUGACAGGGAUAUGAAGUACAGCCAGUCCACAGAUGUGUGAUGACCGCGACGGAGGGACAUCCUGAGACAUGACCAGCAUGACACAUGACUUUGAAGACUUGAAAAAAGACUAAUUAAAAGUGAUGCUCUCUGCACUGACCUGAGAUCAGCAUCUUACAGUAUAGCUAGUGCCUGGUCGUUAUGAGAGGUAGGACAGCCCCAUCUCCCAACACCUCUGAGUUUUCCCCCACACGGUCAACACGCUAUUUAUAUCGGUGUGAUUAUUGGUCACUCGUGGCGCAUGCAAACGUAUCUUGAUAGCCGAAUCGGGGCGACGAGGUUCUACGGAGAUCAGACUGCUCCAAACUCUAUUUCACAUAUAAGCAAGGGUACCCCAAUAUAAAUGAACCAAUAGACUGACAGACUGACCCCAGAUGCCAAACCACCACUGUGGUUCAUAAGAAGAGGUCUAUAACAUUGUAUUUUCUUGAAUGACGGAUGACCCAUACAGUCUACCUAGUAGUAGCCUCUGCUGAGUCCCCAACAACCAGAUGUUCCAGUUUUCAGGGGAAAUGGAAAGAGA